AUGACCAAACCACACUGCUUGUUCCUGGGCCUGGCAAUUGCCCUGCUGAUGCAUGUCAAGAAAUUGCAGUGGAAGACAAGGAGCGAGAUCAUGACAGUGAACGGUGCUAAGCAUGUGCUAGCACAAGAACAACUACUAGAGCUCAAACUAGUCCUUGGUAAUAUGCUGGAGGACAUUGCUCAGGAGACCAGCCUAUCCCAUGCAGCUGUUGAUGGCUACUUCAAAGGCCACCACACAGGUUACAAGUGCAUGAAUGAAGGACCCAAGUGGCAGCAGAGCAAGCCAUUUGAGACCUAUGUGAUCAGAAGACCACCCAAGUUUGAGACAAUCAUAAGGGGCAAGAAGCAGACACAACUCAUGUGCAGAAAACCUUUGAGCGUGAUGAGUGCUGUCAAAGACUAUGCUCCACCUGCAUUCUUUGGCACCAUGUUAUCAAAGUUGUUCUUCGAGGAUGUGUUCCGGCAGAAGAACUGGUCUUUGCCUAUGAAUCAUAUUGUACCAGCAGAGGAGCCAAGGUGUGCUAGCGGAGAUGCUGCUGCCAAGAUGCAGUACAAGAAGUUUGGCCAAGUGGUGGAAGACAAGUAUAAGCUCAUGCUACAUGGCCAGCCAUUGGAUGAGCUCAAGAACCUGUCUGAUAUCUCGAGUAUGCUUCUGUUGAGCCAAGUUCAUGCAGCACUCAUCAAUGGCUUGUGCUUCUUUGAAGUGAUGAAUGAGAAUGAGCUUGAAAUUCAGAGCCAAUGUCUAGAACAAGAGCUAGAGCAAGGACGCAAGAGGAGAGUGCAGGCUAUGGAAGUUGCUCAGCUAGAGGGCAGAGGGGCAAGGCCUUUGAAAAGAAGGUGUGUAGCCAACAACAUGGACCAAGGCCAAAGGGCACUGCCCAAUGUCAACACACAUCUGCCUCUGCCUCCUCCAAUGCAGGGGGCCACAGUCCCAACCAUGGCCCUUCAGCAAACCGCCCUUCCCCGCCCUGCCAGUCACACCACACUGCCUCCCCCACUGACAUAUGUGCAAGUUAUAUGCUUGGCACCAGGCAUGUCUGUCAAAGAUCAGGUCCUAGACCAAGCACCCUGGGCUCUCCCUCUAGACCCAGAUUCAGCAGGAAGUCAACCUCUGUCCACUGAGCUACAACCCCCUGCUCUAGACCUAGACCUAGAUCUAGGUCUAUAUGAAGCUCCUGCCCAACUAGUGUUAGAUCUGGAUGAAGGUCUAGACAAUGCUCCCACCCAACAUGCUCCUGAAGAAUCAGGUCUAACUGGACAGAUGGAUGCCAGUUCAGUGACAGCCCUCUUGGACACAGAUGGGGAGGUGGCAACAGGGGGGGAACUGGAAUGGAUGCUACUCCUUGACACCAAUGAUGAGUCUGCUGGUGAUGGGCAGGCUGAUCCAGCUCCAGAGCCAGUCCUCCAACCAUGA